AUGCCGACACUACUAUCCCUCUUCCCGCUUUUAUUCACACUCAUCUUCGCAUGUUGGGCGGAGGUCAUAAACAUCGGGGCUGCGGGUCGGUCUGGAGACGUUAAAGCCCUCUCACCCAGCUUCACCCCUCCAGUUGAAGCACCGGCCAGCGAUCCUUUGGCCGAGUCCGACCUCCUCGACAUCGUCCUCGUUGCUUCCGUCGAUGGGAAGUUUCAUGCCCUCAACCGCACCACUGGCCAUUCUUUAUGGUCAAUGCCCUCAUUUGCAACGACGGGCAGUGUCCCCCAGGCAUCAACAAUGGCCCCGUUGGUCCGCACGAGUCAUCCCGACUACGACCCAGACCUCACGGACGACAGCAUUUACCAGGAGACAUACAUUAUUGAGCCCCAGUCGGGCGACAUCUACGUUAUGGCCACCCCCACGAGCUCCCUCCAGCGCUUCCCGCUCUCCAUGUCCGAGCUGGUUGACCUGUCCCCGUUUAGCUUUGCGUCGCCCGACGACCACAGGGUCUUCGUGGGGAAGAAGGAGACAUCCUUACUCGUGGUCGAGCUCGAGACGGGGAAAGUGAAGGCCACGAUUAACUCGGAGUGUCCAUGGGACCCGUUCGAGGACUUGCAUAACGACGACGAGCUGGAUUUAGAUGAAUUGGAUGGGACAAAACCGCCGAUGGAAAAGCCCACGGAAGUAUAUAUUGGGCGCAUUGAUUAUCAUGUUUCUAUCCAUACGCGGCCGACUAGCAAGCAUCGACCACCAGUGCAGAAUUUGUCUUUCUCUACUUACGGGCCCAACAACCAAGACAACCUUCUUCAAGCGGCCUAUCGAACAACUAAAGACGAUGCUUACGUCCAAAGUCUUCCCAGCGGAGUAAUCAUCUCAUUCAAGGCACGGGAGUCGAAUUCCUUGCUGUGGAUGAGCAAAUUCGACAAUCCAGUUGUUGCAAUCUUCGAUGUCCUUCGAACUCCUGCCCAGCGAGGGCCAAAUACAUUUGUUCUACUCCAGCCGCCGCCACAAAUGUCUGCCAUUUUACCGCAGCUUAAACAAGUCACCCACAUCGACCAAUUGCCCCAUCUCAAGUCUGCCUACAUCGGCUUGGUCACAGAGACAGGCAGCCUCUUUGCUAUGAGCCCAGAGCGUUUUCCGUUGGUCAUGUUUUCUGAUAGCGCACGUGGUCAGAAACGCGUUCCUCAAAUCGAGCCGGCGCAUCCUUUUGACCCAAGAGAGCUACCAACGGAACUGGACAAAGUUACAGAAGCGCGCAAACAGCGAGAACGGGAAGAUGCGUUGCGAAAAUUGGAUGACUCCGACGACCGCUGCAUCGAGAGUUCUGCGUUAUACUCGGACAGACGUUGUUUGGUGGGGAUACGGGCUCUGGAAGGUGGCGAUGGUGAUGGCCCCGAAAUGCGCUUGAAGCGGCUCAUAGAAGGUGUGCCCGGGGUGGAUUGGCAGUCAGAAGAGAAGCAAUCCCACCAGGGCUUUGAGAAUACCGUCGAGGGCACUGCGAAUACUUCUAACUCAAGCAACCAAUCUAGCACCAAUGCAGUCGGCGCGAUUCCGAAUCGCGAAGUCAUGGACGAUGCGCUGCUGUGGAAGGGGAUUACGCUCGGCUUGGUGAUCGCCAUUGCAACGAUGAGUCUGUGGUUUGGCGUUGGCAGAAUCCGGCGGCAAUCGUUGAUUAGGACGGCAUCCAUCCAAGAGGAAGAAGAACAGCAUCUUAUUGCGACAAUGGAGACCGAGGAGAAGCUUCUCCGCCCAGCGACACCAUUACCUACUCAACUACAACAUAUGACCCCGCCACCCUCGCCACAAGUUUUGACCGCUAAAAAGCUGCCGCCACUUCCCAUUGACGCUAACAACGACGAUGGAGACGACAGCGAGCGCGAUGGCGAGGAUAACGAACCUGGAGAUGUACCACCGACCCCGGGCACGAAGCGUAAAUCACGACGAGGGAACCGAGGCAAAGGGAAGAAAAAUAAGAAUGCAAACGGCAUUUCUGCAGCAAAUGGAACCGAUAUCAACCCAAAGACAUCCCCACAACUUGGGGAGGAGAAUGUGUUGCUGCCCAACGGAAAUGGCGACUUGCCAACACCUGUCGGCCUUUCAUUUACCACGACUUCAUCUCCGUCGCUGCCGGUUGUAGAACCUUCAUUAGUGGUUUCGGAUACUGUCCUUGGAUAUGGCUCUCAUGGCACCGUUGUCUACCGAGGGUCUCUCCAAGGACGAGCUGUUGCCGUCAAACGCCUUCUGCAAGAUUUUGUCACCCUUGCGUCGCGCGAAGUCAGCAUUCUACAGGAGUCCGACGACCACCCGAAUGUCAUCCGAUAUUACUACCAAGAGGCGCAUUCGAACUUCUUGUACAUUGCAUUGGAGUUGUGUCCCGCAUCGUUAGCGGACCUGGUUGAGACCCCCGAUAGGGAUGCCUGGCGAGACAUCGCCAUUGCCUUCGAGCCCAAGCGCGCGCUUCGACAAAUAACCAGUGGCUUGAAGCAUCUCCACGGGUUAAAGCUCGUGCAUCGGGACAUCAAACCACAAAAUAUUCUUGUCUCUGCUGGUACUGGACGGGGCGGCACCAAGGCCUAUCGGAUGCUCAUAUCCGACUUUGGUCUGUGUAAGAAAUUAGACGUGGACCAGACGAGCUUUUUGCCCACAAAUCACGGGACGAUGGCGGCGGGGACGGUUGGGUGGAGGGCGCCGGAGAUUCUGCGCGGAGAUGUGAAGCUGGAUGAGUUUGGGACCUCGACAGACGAUUCGUCUGUUUCGUCUCAGGGCACUAUCGGUUCUAAUGGGUCCAACGCGACAACGGGGAAGCCGACACGGCUGACCAAGUCUGUCGACAUUUUUGCGCUGGGAUGUUUAUUCUUUUAUACUCUGACGAACGGCGGUCAUCCAUAUGGCGACCGUUUCGAGCGCGAGGCGAACAUCAUGAAGGGGACCAAAAAUCUUUCUGGGCUGGAGCGAUUCGGGGAAGAGGGCGAGGAAGCUGUUGAUCUAAUAGGAUCCAUGCUACAUCCUGAAGCGAGCGAGCGACCCGAUACGACGACAAUAUUGCUGCAUCCUUUCUUCUGGGACCCAGCGAGGAGACUGACCUUCCUCCAAGAUGCUUCAGACCGCUUCGAGAUCAUGUGUCGCGACCCGAAAGACUCGCAUCUGCUUAUCCUCGAACGUGGCGCGUUGGGUAUUGUAGGUAAUGACUGGCAAUCCCGACUCGACCGACUCUUCCUUGAAAACUUGGGUAAAUUCCGCAAAUAUGAUGGUCGGUCGGUGCAAGAUCUCUUACGGGCACUAAGGAACAAAAAACACCACUACCAGGAUCUGCCAGACAACGUGAAGCGGCAUCUAGGGCCCAUGCCGGAGGGGUUCCUGGCGUACUUCACCCGCCGCUUCCCGCGCCUGUUCCUGCACGUGCACGCGGUCAUCGGGAACACCACGCUCCGCACCGAGUCGAUGUUUAGGUCGUAUUUCGACCUGAGCGAUUCGUGA